UCCGAUUCAUCUUUACAUGCCAUCUGUGAUUUAGAACAGCGGCGUUAUCCGUCGGCAGAGCUACUUAAACGCAGUGGCAGACGAAAUUCGCUCACUUUAGCGCUCUCACAUUUGAAGGGGGAGAAAAAUGGACGUGGCAGUGGAUGUUUAUGUGGCUGUUCCGCUCCUCUUUACCGUGCUGGCCGUUAUCAUUGCUUCUCUAUAUUUGAGAUUCAGACCUUCCGAUGCAAGUGUUAAAGACCAGGCGACGAGUUCGAAAGUUGACGAGAGCAAAGCCGAAGAGGAGCCAAGGAGGAACGCCGAGGAAGCGAAGACGCCCGACGAUGUGAGCGAAGAGCAGCCAGAGAAGAGCGCCGACGAGUCGGAGAAAACUAAAGGCAAGAUGCCGGUGGAGGAGAUCGGAGCUGGAGAGGGGAAUCUCCAAAACCAAGAGACGACUAAAAACUCCGAGAAGGAACCCGUGCCCACCGAGGAGAAGAGCCCCCAAACUAACGAAUCAAAGCAAGAGCCCAGUCACCCCGAGGAGAAGCUUAAAAAGGAAGAAGAUGAAGCAGAGAUUGGAAGUACUAAAUCCCUUCCUGAUGAAGGCACUGAUGACCUAGUUGAUGAGUACCGUCCAGGCAAGAUUCGAGGCAGCAACUACGAAAAAACACUGACCAGAGAAGAGCUGGAGGCAGAACAACGGGUUGAAUUAACCCCUGACUUCACCUCCGUGUAGGUUCUAGGCCUGGUGAGACUAUUUCUGUAACAAUAUAUUGGAUCCAACAAGAGCAACUGGCUGCCAUCUUCAAGUUAAUGAAAGAAAAAAAGGAAACUUUUGGUGACAUGUCAGAAAAAGACAUGGAAGAACAGCUCAAACUUUAUUCGCUUUAGAUUGUAGCUGUUUACUCUUUUAAGGUUACUUAAUUGAAUGUAGGGCUAUCAUUGCAAGGCAGGCAAAGGUUUGUUACUUGAAUUUAUGGUAAAUAGCUUUAGAUAUAGUAACCAUCAUUAGUUACUAAUGUCCUUUUUUUAUUGUGAUUAUUUUCCAUUUGAAGUAAUGAAAAGCUUUCCCAAAUGCAACCAAAGGCCUUGUAAAAGAAUGCAAGUCUAAAUGGACUUAAAAUAAUUAAAUUUAAUGUGUGGAUGCCUACACACCAUAGUAAAAUUAUUCACAUAUAUUCUUCCAGUCAUUUUUAUUUCCUUAAUGUAUAGAUUAUAACAGUUCAGUAAAGAGUAUUGACAAUUAAGCAUCGCUAUGAAUGGGUUUAAGUACACAGAUACCAUUUUCUUUUACAGCUCACAGUCAAUAUCUUUGGGUAGAUCACCCAAGGUCAAUAUGCAUCUGACAUUUAUUCAACUUGAAGUGUUCUUCAUUUGUGGAAUUUAUAUGGACUGGCCUAGUAGAACUCCCAUCACUAUCUUCACAGUCUAGGAUGGAAGUGUUUUGCGCUUUAAAUCAAUCCUAAUGCAUCAGCAGUUCUUCCAUUAUUGUAAUGAUGUUCAGUAAAUGACAGGAGACAAUUUUACAAACCUUACUAACAUUGAAAGAUUACAAUCCUCUCGGGCUAGAUGUUUGUAAUACAAUUUCCGGGCCACUUUACCAAAACUUGCAUAAGUUGCAAUCAUCCUUUUUCUUUCCCCAUCCAAACCUUUAUUCUCAGUUCUUUACAUUAUUUUUAGACCCUCUUAACAAUUUCCUGAUUUAUUUAAAACAGUUGAGUUAUGAAUUCCUUAAUCAUGGCAUGGUUACAGCACAAGAGAUGGCCGUAUGGCCUGUUAUGUCCAUGCCACCUCUCCAAGGCUAAAUCUGCUAAUCCCACACCCACCCCCUCGUCCUCUCCCUAUGGUCCUGCAACGUUUCUCUUUGGGUGCUUGUACAAUCCCCAUUUGAAAGCUUGAUUUAUAUCUGCCUCCACCACACUGGCAGUGCAUUCCAGAUCCCGACCACCUUGUGUACAAAAAAAAAAGUUUUUCCUCUUUUUUAGUUCUUUUGCCAACCACUAAAUCAGUGUCCUCUUUGUUCUUGGCCUUUCCUCCAAUGAGAACAGUUUCUUUCGGUCUACUCUUGUCUUGACUCCUGAUUUUGAACACAUCUAUCAAAUGCUAUCCUUUUAAGGAGGAUAGCCCCAGCUGCUCCAAUCUGUCCACAUAACUAAAGACCCUUGUCUUAGCUGUUCACUAUUAAAACUUUCUCCUGUGAAGCAGAAAUCCCAACACGUUCAUUGUUUCCUGUGUUCCGGGCGUGGGCUAGGAGGUGAGGGUGGUAGGUCUUUUUUUUUUUUAAAAAAGUGCAAGCAUUUUUGUAAAAUUAAGAACUUUUGAACCAUUAGCAUUGUGCUGUUGUAGUGGUUGCAAUAAUUUCAUUAAUGAAAACUGCUCCUAUUCAGAAAUUGCAACCCAAAUUUUGAAUGAGUGUUUGUUUUCUUUUGAUUUUUUUUAAAGGCUUGGAAGUUUUGAAAUUUUGUGCAGCAAUAAAAAUUGAAAAUAAAAUGCACUUUAAUUACUCUGGUCUUUUGUUGCUAAAGCUAAGAGGCAAACCUAA